AUGGUCGAAGGCGGAGAAAAGAAACCAGUAGUAGCGAAUGGUAAACCUAAAAUCUGGUUCGAUUCCAUCGAAGCCGCCAUGCGAGAUCUAGCGGAAGGUAAAUUCCUGCUGGUAGUGGAUAACGAGGAUCGCGAAAACGAGGGAGAUCUGGUGAUUGCAGCCGAGAAGGUGACCACCGAGAAGAUGGCAUUCAUGAAAUCUGCGCGCGUGAAAUUUAGUGGAUUGAUAUGUGUGCCAGCUACUUCUGAGCGAUUGGAUCAAUUAAAGCUACCUCUCAUGGUACCACAAAAUACCGAGAAAAUGAAGACAGCAUACACUAUAUCAGUAGAUUAUCGUCACAGUUUGCAACCUGUCGGCGUCAUCUGCGAACUGGUCAGAGACGACGGGUCGAUGGCGCGUCGUGACGAUUGCCGCGCGUUCGCGGACGAGCACGGAUUAAAGUUGAUUACGAUUGAAGACAUUGUUAAAUACCGUUUGGAAAAAGGACUCUUAAAUAUUUAA